AUGGCGACCAUACGAGGAGUGAUGGUCGAUCUGAGCGGAACACUUCAUGUUGAAAACACAGUUAUACCUGGAUCUGUUGAAGCAUUGAAGAGGUUACGAGAUAUUGGUUUGGCAGUGAGGUUUGUAACAAACACCACAAAGGAAUCAAAAGGCACAUUGCUCAACCGCCUUAGGUUGUUAGGCUUCCACAUCAAUGAGGACGAGGUGUUUACAUCAUUGACAGCAGCUAGACGUCUGGUUGAGGCCAAUGACUACCGGCCUUUUUAUCUUCUUGAGGAAGAUGCCUUAAGGGAUUUUGAAGGAAUUUCAUGGGACAAUCCAAAUGCAGUUGUGAUCGGACUUUCUCCCACUAAUUUUUGUUAUCGGAAAUUAAAUGACGCUUUUAGGUUGCUUCUAAAUGGUUGUCCCUUAAUUGCCAUCCAUAAAGCAAGGUACUUCAAGCGUGAAGAUGGCCUGGCUUUAGGUCCAGGGCCAUUUGCCGCCGCCUUGGAAUAUGCUGCGGGCGUGACAGCGAAAGCUGUUGGGAAACCUGAACCCAGUUUCUUCCAGACAGCUUUGGCCGACAUGGGAUUACCACCUGAGAACACUGUCAUUAUUGGAGAUGACGCGAAGGAUGACAUCGCUGGGGCACAGAAAAUUGGAAUAAAAGGAUUGCUUGUCCGUACUGGAAAAUAUCGAACUGGUGACAAAGAUCGCUUCGGUCCACCUGCGUUGCAUACGGCAAAAAAUUUUCCCGAAGCGGUCGACUUCAUACAGAGGAUGUGUAAUAUUAAUUUAAACUGAUAUAAUUUAUACAUAACCUGAUAACGGACUGACGUCAUUGGGUCGCGAGGCAGAUUGCGUCUUUGGCAAAUUACCCUGCAGACGGACUAAAAUAUUCCCAUAUGACUUGAAAAAUAUACGCUAUUUUAUAUAUAAUGCUUUUAGAAAGGACUCUUCAUAAUUUUGCCAUAUUUUUCUUUAUUCUAAGAUAUGCUAAAGUGUAUUUGUUAUGUAAACAAGCCUUGUCAUGUUGAGUAAUGAGUCUUUCAAUAACAAAGUAUUUUUUCGACACAUGAAUUUUGUUUGCUUGAAUUAAAGAAGAAAUCAAAAAAGCCCCCAGCUCUUGACAGGCCGUGUUCGUGGAAAGAAAACAA